AUGAGAGGGAAUUAUUUAUUAUCACUAUUAGCUCCAUUAGCUGUAAUAUGUGUUAUAGAUUCCAGGAAGAAACUGCUAGACCGAUCAGUUAUGUUGAAGAUAAGAGAGAUAGCAGAUAGGACGCAUAUGAUGUCAGGCGCCGUAUCUAAAAAUGCCUUUCUCAUAUCCAAAGUAAUAGAUAACCUAUCCUCCCAACUUCGGUACCAGUCAAAUACCAUCGUGUAUGAUAACCUAGAAAAUAGGAAUAAAGUAUUUGGAAUUCUGGACAGCUUCCUAAAAAUUGCCAAGGAAGAUCGGUACAGUAGGGGACCUCCUCAGAUUUCAGAAAUGCGCGCAGAACUCAAAUUGGUACAAAAUGAAGUAAAAAUACUAAGAUCAGAAUUAGAAAGUGUUUGGCACCGGCGUAACAAUUAG